CCAUCUCAUCGCGUCGCCCCAAACCUACGUUCUUCCUAUUCACCCCGCCUGUCCACCCCUCCUCUCGUAAUAUUCGAUAGCUUUUUGGAACACUAUUCGCUACCACCGAGCCUCGAAAGCCUUCUCUUCGCAGAGAACCUGACUGCCCACCACCCCCGUCCGACGCGUUUCCCAUGGAGGCCCAAGGAGAAACAACACACGAUGGCGUCCUCCCAGACACACCCGAGACUCUACAGUCAAUCAACGCCGAGCUCCGUCGCAAACUCGCCAUAUCCGAGGCAAUGAUAUCCUACCGCAGUAGCGUAGCGGAGCGGAAACGUCUCGAAGCCGCCGACUCUGCGCGUCCUCUCCGGAAUAGACUGGUACAUAUCGAGCCGCUGCACAGGGAACUUUACGAGGAGUACUCCAAGACACUAGAGCACGUCGAGGAGCUGGAGAAGACUAUCCAGGAGAAGGAAGCGGAGCUGGCGCGGUUGCGGAAGGAGAGUGAGAUGCAGUUAAAAGUAUCGCAGACGGAGGGCGUCACUUUGCAGGGGAAGCUGCGUGCUGUGGAAAUGGAACUGCUCGAGAUCAAGUCCACGACGAAUUAUUCGGCGGCGAGCUUGGUCGAGGAAAAGAACACCGCUGUCGCAAAACUCGCGGAUGCGCAGUUGGAGUACCAGUUGAUCAAGGACAAGUCGGCGGCUUUGGAAGCGCAGGUAGCAGAACUUAAGGAGUAUUUUGGCGCCAGCGAGAAAAUGCUGAAAGCCGAGAUUGCGGACUACAAGAAGCAAGCUAAAGCCCUGCAGCAUACGCACGACAAGGCACUUAAGCAGGCUGCGUCUGAGCGUGAGGAACUGGAAUCUCAAACCCGCCAACUGGAAGCCGAAAAGGCUGCCGCCGAAGAAAAGAUCGAGGCAGCCACAGAGAGGCAGGAAUCGGCCAAGGUUGUCAAGAAGGAGAUCUUCGAACUGAAAGCAACAAUCACAAAGGAUAAGAACGUUGCGGAGAAAGCUGAGAAGGAUGCUGCAGCAGCUUUUGAGAAGGUGCAGAAGGAUGCCGCAGCAGCUCUUGAGAAGGUGCAGAAGGAGCUGUCUCAGCUACGGACAAACCUUGACAACGAGAUUGAAGCUCGAAUUCAGGCCGAGAAAGAGCAACAAGAAACCCGCGAACAGGCCCAGCAAGCGCAGGAGGAGGAGCAAAAAAUUCGCGAAAAGGUUGAGAAAGACCUUGAGCGCCUGCAAGCAGCAAAAGAGAAGGCCCCGUCGAAAGCCAGCAAGAAGGAGCUCUCAGAUUUGAAGGCGGCCUUAGAAAAGGAAACCAAAGCUCGCGAACAGGCUGAGAAAGAGCGGGAAGAAGAGGUGAAGAUUCGGGAAAAGGCUGAGAAAGAUCUCGGGCUUUUGCAGGCGGUAAAACCGGCGAAAGAACCUGCAGCAAAAGUCACCAAGAAGGAACUCGCCGAGCUAAGAGCUUCUCUUGAAAAGGAGGCCAAAUUUCGCGAGAAGAUUGAGCGCGAAUAUGCCCGCUUGAAGGAGGACCACGAAGCGAAACUCGAAAUCCUGGAAAAGCAGCUCGAAGCUUCACGAGUAAAGGCGAAAAAGAUCGAGGAAGCCGCCUCUAAACCAGCUGUGUCCAAGUCAACGACUACGAAGGUUCCUAUCGAUAAUCCUCGGAAACGUCCUGCCGCCAAUCCUCUAACGAUGGACGAUCUCGAGAACUCUGUCAAGAGGCCCCGCAACAAGCAGGCCACUAAAGAAUCCGAAUUCUCCAUAACCCCCUUCCUCAAGCGACAAGCCUUGGUAGUCGAAGGCGAUUCGACUACUGCCGGAGAUGCCACUGCAGCGCCCGACGAGUCGAGCAUGGGAGGAGCUGGCGAGAAAUCUAUAAUGAUCCCGUCCGUCAUCGACAGCAAGCAACCUGCGCGUCUCCUCUUCGCUGGUGCCGGCCGGAAAAAGAAGCCAACCAAAGCAUCUACUGCUAUCCUUGAAGAGAUGGAAGAAGCCCCUGUGCCAGAGCCGGAGCCCGAGGCAGCAUUGUUGCCUAUGCUUGCGCAGCUUCAGGAAGAAGACAAUUACGAAGAGGAAGACUCAAUGCUCAUGGUUUCGGCACCAAUCAUCGCCAAAGCCAAAGCCAAAGGCAAAGCACCAGCGAAGCCACGCGGAAAGGCCGCCGCCAAGCCCGCAGCUGCCGCCAAAGCAAAGCCCGCGAAACCAAGAAAUGCCCUUCUCGACUCAUCGCCAGUAGCUCCACCGCCGGAAAAGCCCGUGGCCAAGAAGGCUGCACCGAAGCCACGAAAGAAGGCAGCAGCCGAAACUUCGCUGCGUGGCAUCAAACCGGCUAGCUUCGACGAUGACGGCACGGGUAGGAUACAGCUCAACUUCGACGAUGCUUCGCAGCCGAAUAAGGUGCCUAGCUUGGUGCCGAAAGUUGGCGCUUUCAAUAAGGAGAUUUCGCCACCUAAGAGGCGACCGACGGGGAUGAAGCUAUUUGGGAAGCAAUAGAUACAUCUAUGGUUCGACUUUGUAUGAAUUUGUUCAUUGUAUUCCUUGCCCAAUGUUGGUUUACUCGAGUUUUGGUUCGAUUUUUGUACUGUUGUAGCUCUGUGGUUUGAGGCGUUUUUUCUGUUUGGCUGGCAUUUUGGUGGAGUGUUGCGUUGUCUGGUUCCUAGUUUUAUUCUGUCUGUACUAUGCUGUGUGCCGCGGUGAAGGAAGAAUUGGGACCAUCGUAUGAAUACCUGCUGUUUUGGGGAGCUUUUUGGUGUAAGAAGGCAAGUUUGAAGUAAAACAAUUGGGAUACCGAUC